CUUCUGAAUGCAGCGUAUCACGUGAUAGUGCCUGACAGAUCAGAGAAGGAAAGCUAACAUGGCGGUGUGCAUAUCAGUCAUCGCAAAAGAGAACUACCCGCUGUAUAUCCGCAGUGUGCCCACCCAAAAUGAGCUGAAGUUUCACUACACCGUGCACACCUCCCUGGAUGUGGUGGAAGAGAAGAUCUCGGCUGUGGGCAAAUCUUUAGGAGACCAGAGAGAGCUGUACCUGGGUCUGCUCUAUCCCACUGAAGACUACAAAGUAUAUGGGUAUGUAACAAACUCCAAGGUGAAAUUUGUUAUCGUUGUGGACUCCUCAAAUACAUCAUUACGGGACAAUGAAAUCCGAAGUAUGUUCAGAAAACUACACAACUCUUUCACUGAUGUAAUGUGCAACCCAUUCCACACUCCAGGGGACACCAUUCAGUCCAAGGCUUUCGAUGGCAUUGUAUCUGGAAUGAUGGUGCAAGCUGGCUGACACUUCUUCCCCCGAACCUCCACUGUACAGAACACCCCUAAUCCCAACUAUUGUUAACAUGUUGCCUUGAUUAUUUAAAUGCAUAAUAAACUACAUUUGUUGAUUAUCA